AUGGUCAAGAACACACUGCACGCCUUUGACGACAGAAUAGAAGAGAUGGACAUGAAAUACAAGAAGGUCUUAGGAAGCCUUGCUGCUAAUCUUGCUAGCUCAACGCUCAAGUUGAACUCGCGCUACUUCCAUCGGAUUGGCGCAGCCGGGAAAGGAUCGCUGAGGAUGUAUGAUCAUGUUUUAGGCUUACCAGAUCAUGAAAUCUUCUCCCCUGGGAAGGAGUAUUGUGUCGUUCUUGGCCAUAGCAACUGCUUAAGCUCGGACGAUGAUGCUCGCCUUGAUCCUCGCGGAGCAGCGCUGAGGAUCAUUUCAAACAACGGAGAUGCUGAACCAUCUCCGUUGCUUGAUCUUACACUCAAGACUGGCAAUGCCUUUCACGCGAGAAGCAUAGGUGAAUUCGCAACGUGGUUUGUCUGUGGAGCUGCGGCGAAGGAAGAGUAUGUGAAGCAUUCUCCACACAUCAGGGAUGCUAUGCGGGAUUCAUUGAGGAGAGCAGACUCUUACACUGAGCUCCAUUACUACUCAAAUAUAUGCAGGUUGUUUAGAUUCAGAGAUGGGAAGGAAAUGUAUGUUAAAUUCAAGUUGAGGCCUUAUGACAGAGCAAUUGGUGUGGAGAAUGGGAAAGUCGAGCCAAUUGGCGUACUUCCACCGGAGACGGGAGCCAUCCCAAGAGACGAGGGCGACAAGCGCCCUCGCCUCUUCCUCGCUGACGACUUCCAACAGCGAGUGAGCUCUCCGGAUAAGGUCAGGUAUGUCCUGCAGCUCCAAAUGCGCCCGGUCCCAGACGAUGAAACAACACGUGAGGCUGCCCUUGACUGCACAAAGCCGUGGGACGAAACAGUGUUUCCACACCUUGAUGUUGGAGAGGUGACCAUUGAUCAAGUCCUUACAAAACAAGAAUCGGAUGAUCUAGAGUUCAACCCUUUCCUCAAAUGCCCUGAGGUUGAUGUCAUCCGUGCCACAUCGUGCAACGAGAGCGCGUCGAUGGAUCACGGCCGGUCAGUAGUGUACGCGAUAUGCCAGCAUCUGAGGAAGAAGAAGCCGCUCCCGGAGGCUUGGAGGGAUUUCUUGAAUCAGUCAGACGUGAAGGUCGACCUCUCCGGGUGCCCAAUGGCGGCCGCCUCUGUUGUCAAGGGAGUGACUCUUGUAAGGCCUUGGUAUUUCACAUUUUGGCUGAUGUCUGCUCAGCCAUUCCUACAGGUUUUUCUGCCUUAUUUUGUGAUGGGAUUGGUGGCAUUUGCACCAUUGAACUUCAUCUUCUACUUGAACAAGAUUAAGGGAGUAGAAAUGGUGUAUUUGCUUCCAUUUUUUUGGAUUUGGUCAGGCAUUCUAGCAGGGCUAGUGUGUGGUGUGAGCAAAUGGAUUCUUGUAGGGAAGAAGAAACAGGGCAAAAUUGAACCGAUUUGGAGUUUUGGAAUAUUCAUGGACACUAUUUGGCAGGCUAUAAAGACAUUGAUUGGUGAGUAUUUGAUGGAAAUGACGAGCGGUUCGGUUAUCUUCAACGUGUGGUUGAAGGCGAUGGGAUCGGAUAUUGCAUGGGGUGGUGGCGCGUACAUUGAUAGCAUGGGAGCUGCAUUGAAUCCGGAACUGAUGGAAAUACAAGAGAAUGGUGUUGUUGGAAGAGAAGCGUUGAUGUUUGGGCACAUCUACGAGGGCGAUGAGGGUAAGGUCAAGUAUGGCAAGGUCGUUGUGAGGAGAGGCGGAUUGAUCGGGAGCAGAGCUGUGGCCAUGCCCGGAUCUUCCGUGGGCAGUGGAGCCACCCUAGCUCCUCUCUCCCUUGCCAUGAAGGAAGAGUUUGUUACUUAAACUUUUCAUACAAAUUUAAGUUGUAGUAGGAGUACUUGUUAGUUUCAUAUUUAUAGAGUGAAAGUCAAUGUUUGUUGAUGUUGUAAUGAUCUGUCAAGCAUAAUAAACUUUUAAAUACUAUGUA